CUCUGGAUAUGUUUUCUCCCAGAUCUGGAUAUUUUUUUGAUAUCGUGAAGCUACGAGGGAAAUAAUUGCAGGCAUUUCUUCAGGGCUCCCUGCUUCUCUCCCCCCCCCCCCCCCCCCCACGGACAUGCCUUCAGUUUGGGGAGCCGAGGCACCCUGUCCUAGGCGAAUGAAGCCCCCCAGCCACGCGGGAGCGAAAUGAAGGGAAAUUCUGCAGUGGAAUGAGAGCUCUCCAGCUAGGUCCUCGCAUCUGCCAUUUGUCCUUUCAAACUGCAUUGUAAUCCGGGCAGGAUAAAUCAGACGGAGAGACGAGCAGCCUCCUGGCCGGCUUUCUCCGCCCGAAUUUACUUUCCACAUUUCUUUUCUUUGCCUUCCUGCUUCUUGGCUGGCCCAGGGAUGACUUCCUCGCUGCAGCGACCCUGUCGGGUGCCCUGGCUGCUAUGGACCGCCUUGCUGGUCAGCACUACGGCUGCUUCCCAGAAUCAAGAACGGCUGUGUGCAUUUAAAGAUCCCUAUCAACAAGACCUUGGGAUAGGUGAGAGCAGAAUCUCUCAUGAAAACGGGACAAUAUUGUGCUCCAAAGGGAGCACGUGCUAUGGCCUGUGGGAGAAAUCCAAAGGGGACAUCAAUCUUGUGAAACAAGGAUGUUGGUCUCACAUUGGGGAUCCCCAAGAGUGUCACUAUGAAGAAUGUGUUGUAACUACCACCCCGCCCUCUAUUCAGAAUGGAACAUACCGCUUUUGCUGCUGUAGUACAGAUUUAUGUAAUGUCAACUUUACUGAGAAUUUUCCACCUCCUGAUACAACACCACUCAGUCCACCUCAUUCAUUUAAUCGAGACGAGACGAUAAUCAUUGCUUUGGCAUCAGUCUCUGUAUUAGCUGUUUUGAUAGUCGCCUUAUGUUUUGGAUACAGACUAUUGACAGGAGACCGGAAGCAGGGUCUUCACAGCAUGAACAUGAUGGAGGCCGCAGCCUCAGAGCCGUCUCUGGACCUGGAUAACCUGAAGCUCCUGGAGCUGAUUGGACGGGGCCGAUAUGGAGCAGUGUAUAAAGGUUCCUUGGAUGAGCGUCCAGUUGCUGUAAAAGUAUUUUCUUUUGCAAACCGUCAGAACUUUAUAAAUGAAAAAAACAUUUACAGAGUGCCUUUGAUGGAGCAUGACAACAUUGCUCGCUUUAUAGUUGGAGAUGAGAGACUCACUGCAGAUGGACGCAUGGAGUAUUUGCUGGUGAUGGAGUAUUAUCCCAACGGAUCUCUAUGCAAAUAUUUGAGUCUCCAUACAAGUGACUGGGUAAGCUCUUGCCGGUUGGCUCAUUCUGUGACUAGGGGAUUGGCUUAUCUGCACACAGAAUUACCACGAGGAGAUCAUUAUAAACCUGCAAUUUCCCAUCGAGAUUUAAACAGCAGAAAUGUCCUGGUAAAAAACGAUGGCACGUGUGUCAUCAGCGACUUCGGUUUGUCCAUGAGGCUAACUGGAAACAGACUGGUGCGCCCAGGGGAAGAGGAUAAUGCAGCUAUAAGCGAGGUUGGCACAAUUCGCUAUAUGGCGCCAGAAGUGCUGGAAGGAGCUGUGAACCUGAGGGACUGUGAGUCUGCGCUGAAGCAGGUAGACAUGUAUGCACUGGGGCUGAUCUACUGGGAGGUGUUCAUGAGAUGUACAGACCUCUUCCCCGGUGAAUCUGUACCAGAAUACCAGAUGGCUUUCCAAACAGAAGUUGGCAACCAUCCCACUUUUGAGGACAUGCAGGUUCUUGUGUCGAGAGAAAAACAGAGACCCAAAUUCCCGGAAGCCUGGAAAGAAAACAGCCUGGCGGUGAGAUCACUCAAGGAAACGAUCGAAGACUGCUGGGACCAGGACGCAGAGGCUCGGCUCACGGCGCAGUGUGCUGAGGAGAGAAUGGCUGAGCUUAUGAUGAUAUGGGAGAGAAACAAGUCUGUGAGCCCAACGGUCAACCCCAUGUCUACUGCCAUGCAGAAUGAACGCAACCUGUCACAUAAUAGGCGUGUGCCAAAAAUUGGGCCUUAUCCGGAUUAUUCUUCUUCCUCGUAUAUUGAAGACUCCAUACACCACACUGACAGCAUUGUGAAAAAUAUUUCCUCUGAGCAUUCGAUGUCCAGCAGCACGCCUUUGACUGUAGGAGAAAAGAACCGAAACUCAAUUAAUUAUGAACGGCAGCAAGCACAAGCUCGGAUCCCCAGCCCUGAAACAAGCGUCACCAGCCUGUCCACAAACACAACCACCACAAACACCACGGGCCUCACUCCAAGUACUGGCAUGACCACCAUCUCUGAGAUGCCGUACCCAGAUGAAACCAGUCUGCAUGCCACGAAUGUUGCGCAGCCGAUUGGGCCGACCCCUGUCUGCUUGCAGCUGACGGAAGAAGACCUGGAGACCAAUAAGCUAGACCCAAAAGAAGUUGAUAAGAACCUCAAGGAAAGCUCCGACGAGAACCUCAUGGAACACUCUCUCAAGCAGUUCAGUGGGCCAGACCCCUUGAGCAGUACCAGUUCCAGCCUGCUGUAUCCACUCAUAAAGCUCGCAGUGGAAGUAACUGGGCAGCAGGACUUCACACAGGCUGCAAACGGCCAGGCGUGCUUAAUUCCUGAUGUUCCGCCCGCUCAGCUCUAUCCUCUCCCUAAGCAGCAGAACCUGCCUAAGAGACCCACUAGUUUGCCUUUGAACACCAAAAAUUCAACAAAAGAACCCCGGCUAAAAUUUGGCAACAAGCACAAAUCAAACUUGAAACAGGUAGAAACUGGAGUUGCCAAGAUGAAUACGAUCAAUGCCGCAGAGCCUCACGUAGUGACGGUGACUAUGAAUGGGGUGGCAGGGAGAAGCCACCCUGUUAACUCCCAUGUUGCCACAACCCAGUAUGCCAAUGGGACGGUGCCGUCUGGCCAGGCGGCCAACAUAGUGGCACAGCGGGCUCAAGACAUGCUGCAGAAUCAGUUUAUUGGCGAGGAUACCCGGCUGAAUAUUAAUUCCAGUCCUGAUGAGCACGAACCUUUACUGCGACGAGAGCAGCAAGCUGGCCAUGACGAAGGGGUUCUGGACCGUUUGGUAGACAGGCGGGAACGGCCCCUCGAAGGGAGCCGAACUAAUUCCAAUAACAACAACAGCAAUCCGUGCUCAGAACAAGAUGGACUUCCACAGGGUGUUACAAGCACAGUUGCAGAUCCUGGGCCAUCGAAGCCCAGAAGAGCACAGAGGCCCAGUUCUCUGGAUCUUUCAGCCACAAAUAUCCUGGAUUGCAGCAGUAUACAGAUAGGUGAGUCCACACAGGACGGCAAAUCAGGAUCAGGGGAAAAGAUCAAGAAACGCGUGAAAACUCCAUACUCCCUUAAGCGGUGGCGCCCCUCCACGUGGGUCAUCUCCACUGAACCCCUGGACUGUGAGGUCAACAACAAUGGGAGGGACCGAGCAGUCCAUUCUAAAUCUAGCACUGCUGUGUACCUCGCAGACGGAGGCACUGCCACCACCAUGGUGUCUAAGGAUAUAGGGAUGAAUUGUCUGUGAGAUGUUUCCAAUCUUAUGGAGUGAAAUUAUUUUUUUGCAUCAUUUAAACAUGCAGAAGACAUUUAAAAAACUGCUUUACCCUCCUGUCAGCACCCUUCCCACCCUGCACCAGAACUCGCUUUAAAUAGAUUUCAGCUAUGCAGAAAAGUUUAGCUCAUGCUUCCAUAUUUUUUAAUUUUGUUUUUUAAGUUUUGCACUUUUGUUUAGUCUUGCUAAAGUUAUAUUUGUCUGUUAUGACCACAUUAUGUGUGUGCGUAUCAAAAGUGGUCUCAAAAUAUUUUUUUAAGAAAAAAAAAACAAAACCAGUGUAUUGCUGAUAAUCAGUUUGGACCAUUUCUAAAGGUCACUAAAGCAGAAGCAGGAGACGGGCCCGACUGCAGUGGUGUCCCGGGCACAAGCUCGUUCAUGUGUCAUCUGUUGGACAUUCUUCUCUCGUGUUUUAUUUGAAUGUGCAAUAGUCUUCAGACCACAAAGAAGCUUUCUUACCAGCUCUCCCCUAGCAGGGCACACAUUCUUCCACUGUUGAAACUUGUCCCCCAUUCUUCGAUAAGAUGAACAUUUUCUGGCUUCCUCCUUAGGGAGAAUGCAUAGAUACUGUUCCAAGGGCUCCAAAAAGGACUCACCAAGACCUUUCUUGAAAUGCCUUUGUCUUUUAGCCUUCCAAAUACUAAGUGUUUCCUUCCAGGCAUUUUAAUAGGCAUAUUUGGUUCUGAUUUUGGAAGUUCAUAAGAGAGCAUAGAACAAAACAAGAAAGCAAACAAUAGCUGUUUCCAUUUUAUUUUUUCUAUGUAUGUUCAUGUUCCAUAUUCGUUUAUUUAAUAAAUACUUUUUAUCAGAAAAUUUAUAGAGCUAAACUUAUGUGGAAUUUUUAAGUAAGUAGAUGGGCAAGGCGAUGUAGUGUAGGAACUUUGGUUUUUCUGACCAUCACAAAUUAAAUUACAUUUCCUAUUUAUAACCUCAGAAAAACUCAUAGUUUUGAAUUUAUAAUAUCUUUAUUGUUUCCCAGCAAAGCGUGACAGCUUUAUGUGAAAACGAUUCUUCUUCCCAUGACCUAAAACACUGUGUGGAAAGCUCAGUCAGCCAGCAUGCCCAGUCCCGUGGAAGAAGGGCUUGCUGCCAGACUAGGACUAUUGAGACAGCUAAGAUUUGCCCUCUUUCUUUCGCUUUCUCUGCUAAUCCUGUUUUCAUGAUUUCUCCCUUUGCCAAUUUCACAUGAUCCUCGACUGUGAGCAGCAUCUAUUACUCGUGUUGUGGCAGAGCCUGCCUUCUGGUGACAGCCUACGGUGAGGCCACAGUCGCUCGCUCUCCACUUCUCCUUUUGUCACGAGUGAUCCGUAAACCAGGCUCUGUCUUUUAAUAAAGCACUUUCUGUCCGAUUCGGAUUUUCCCUAAACAUUGUUUCCCGCCAGUUUGCAAACAAAUGGUUCUCAUGUUUUCAGAUGCUCAGAAUUCUUAUUAUGCAUUAUCUGAUUAAGCUUUAGGUUUUUGCAGGGGGAGGUAAAAAAAAUUAAGUGUAAGUCUCCAAAUUCCUGAUCUCAGUUCUCGUGUCCUGAACACCAUUUUCUCAUUUGAAAUCCUCUACCCUCACGGUUUAACUAAAGACGGCCCCCUUUCCCAGCACACUGUCCACAGCACUUGUGACUUCUUUGACUUGCCAUCUGCUGCGCUGCUUUGAUGUGACAACAUUUAAAACAUUUAUUCAGCUGGGCUGCUGACUGGAGUUUCAGUCCUUGGAUUAAGAUGGUCUUAUUCUCCCGGGACCCCUUUUUCCUCUUUGUGCUUUCUUGGCCUCUCUUCUGGGUCAGAUUUGUCUCGUUUUGUUUUGGGUUGGGUUUUUUUCAUGACAGAGCUUCUCUGUGUAGCUCUGGCUGUCCUGGAACUCAUUCUGUAGACCAGGCUGGCUUUGAACUCAGAUUCUUAAAAUAAAUUUUGUCUUCUCACAUCAGUUUAUUUCAGAUAGUGACCAUUUUUUUUAAUCUAUGUAACAAAUAACUUUUGUCUUUUACUUCCUUGUCUGUCCAAAUGUCUUUCAGAUGCAUUUCAGGAUUUUUGUUUUUUCAGUUGUCGGACAACUUUAAAUCAAAAUAAAUUAUAUUCCUUCUAUCUCUGAAGCACUGAGAAUAAAUGACCCCUGGAGGUCCAGCUGGUCUUUUUCUGUCAGAAAACUGCCUUACAUUCUAAUAGUUUGUGUUAAGGCCAAUCACUUGUGAAUUUCCCAACAGUCUUUAAUGGUUAAUACAUUUAUGAAAUGCUUUAAAAAGUAGUAUGCCAGGUUAAAAGAGAAAGGGAAUCGUUUCCAAUCUCAUGCAGAUAUGUUUAAAACAAAUAAUUUCUUUCACUGAUACAUGGUAACUGCUUGACAAAUAGGAAUAGUAGAAAGCAUAGGUCCUUUUAAUAAAUGUUGGAAUUUAUAAUACAGAGCACUCAAAAAUCCCUUUAAUAACUUAAAUUACUUGUUCACUUUAUCUGAUUCUUGAAGCUGAAACUGAAUUUACCGAAGAUUUCACAUAAAAAUUAAUGUUGGGCCUUUUGAUUAAAGUCAUUCUGAACAGUAUUAUAAUUUUUAAAGAAUCACAACAGGACAUUUUCUUUAAAAAAAUGCCAUUUGUGGGGCUGGAGGAGCAGCAAGGCAGCUAACAGUGGUUUCUGCUUUUCCGAGGACCCAGGUUGAACUCACAGCAGCCUAAUUAUGUAUAGAAUAAAGUGAUUUAAACAUUUAAAUGUAUAAUUUAAAACCACUUUUACUGUGGGCAUUAUGAAAGGACAUACUCUGAAAACUGGCAUCUACAUGCACUGUAUUUUCAUCUUCACAGCAACCAUAUUUUAAUUAAUUUCCAUACUUUACAAACAAGGAAACAUUAAGAGAUGAUAGCUAAUUUGUCCAAGUUUACCUAGGGUGAAAUCCCAGGUUCGUUUCUACACAUCUCUUUCAUCCACACGGUCUACAUCCUUCGUGGACAGAUGUGUGAUACACUGACAUUUUUGCUCCAGCAGACUUGUGGCUUGUAUAUAAGCCACACCAGAUAACUUAAUGGUUUGAGAAGUUAGGUAAUCACUAUUGCUUAAGAGACAGUUACUAAUUCAGUACAAAAUUUCAGCCUACACCCUAAAAUCAUGUCACUUUUCUUCUGAUACAUUGCAGAACUGAAGGCAAAGCCAACUUUAAGAGAAAGGUGAAGGAAGCUGAGGGAACAGAGACCCUAAAGUGAUCCCAUAUUAGAUUUGGAAAAAAGUUUAAUAUAAAUUUUCAGUCUUCUCAACCCUUUGACCCCAUCUGUAAAAUUUCGGCUUUAGCAAUGUUAGAAAAAUGUUAAGUCAGAGAACCAAAUAAAAUGUAUAUGAUGUAGAAAAACACAAAAUUAAUACCCAUUAUUAUUAUUAAUAUUAAUGUUUUGCUUUUUCGAGACAGGAUUUCUCUGUAGCUUUGGAGCCUGUCCAGAACUAGCUCUUGUAGACCAGGCUGACCUCGAACUCACAGAGAUCCUCCUGCCUCUGCCUGCCCGGCUGCUAAUACCCAUUUUUAUAAAGCAGGUUGUCAUAGCUUCCUUACAUGUGUGUAUUUGUUCCAGAAACUGUAUGUUGGUUCUGAAUGGGAAGGUGGAGAAGGGACACUCAAAUAGUCAGUCAGUUUUUGACAGAUAUUUUUAUUUGAAAUAUUUCCAAGUUUGAUUUCUGAAUCCCAAAGGAAUACCUGGUAGGCUGCAACUGUUAAAUUGCACAUUUAGUCUCUAUUAACAAGUCAUUUAAAAUGAAAAAAAUUCAAUAAACAUUUCUUGUUUCCAUAUUUAUGGAUAUGAAUAUUUCAUUGCGAGACCCUCACUAGUAUUUGAUAUUGUAUUUUAUUUUAUACCAUAUUUGUAAAGCCUAUGUUGAACUUAGUACCUGUCAUGUGUAUGUUAUUACAUGACUAUCCACAGAUUUUUUAAAUAUAUAUAUAUAUAAAAUUACUUUAUAUCCUUAAUUCCUUAAAAGAUAGAUUCUUCACGCAUGCUAGCUGAUGUUCUAGACCUGCGAUUUCAGGAAGUGUGUGACACUCCCUCAGAGACCCCAGGAAUCUUUUCUUAAGCUAUGAUAACUUUCAAUAUUCACACCCUUGACUAACAGCGGGGUGUGGUGUUUUUUGUUUUCCAGAAGAUAAAGUUGCAUUUUAACCUUUUUGUUUAGAUUAUGAACUAUGCAAACUUUGUCCACAAACUACCUUACAUGAUCCCUUCCUAACCUUGCUGAUUGAUUAGGUCAGGCUGGCUGGUUACGUCCUGGGCAGGCCUCCCCCUGUGUCAGGAGAGUUUUCUUCAUACCUGUUCUGUCUCUCACGUGUGAUUUGUGUGUUCCUCAUACUUCACAGGGAAAAGAGAAUAGAUGGUCGUCCUCUCUGUUGCUCUUAGUCAGCUUCGGGCUUCUCGGCUAACCCUGUUCAUCAGAUAAAAUUGCCCCAGUUCCUUUAGGUCUUUUCUCCUCAUCUAUUUUAAUGACUUUAUUUAUAUUUAAAAGCACAUAAAAUUCUAUGUUAUAUUCAAGUGAAUUGUUCCUGUUAAUUUAUAGCACAGCAGUUUGAUAGGAUUCAGAAUACAGAUGUUGCCAUUUGACAUUGAAUUAAAUCAUCAUACCACCCAAAAUUCAGCACUUAAUAUUGUAGUAGUUACAUUUCUAUUAAAGUGUAUGUUAUGAUUUUAUAUCUGCACAGGUAGAGCUAAAAAGCCAUGCAUGUAAGCAUUUGUAAUUGUGUAUCAUUUUUACUAAACUCGCACCAUGUCACAGGGAGUUUUAGUAUUACGAUUGAGCCGCAACAAAUAUUGUACAUUUUUCUUCAUAUCAAAUACUGUAUUAAACACUAAAUGCAAAAUUAACUUUCAAAAGCAGACCCUACAAAAAUCAGGUAUUAUCCAUGCAUAUUUUUGUAUUUUUGUAGACCACUUUUGAAUGCUUACCAUUGUUUUUCCAGCAUAGAGUGGAUGAAUGGACUGAGACAAUUUUUAUUUAACUUUCAAGUAGUUAAAGUUGGGUGUUUGCAUAGAAAGUAAAUCUUCAAAUUUUAUCUCAUGGCAUAUAGAUUUGAAAGUAAAUAUUCAAGAGGCUAUACUAUAUGUUAAAAUUAUGCCCCCAAAUAAAUCUAUUGAAUCUUCAGUAGAAUCCCAAUUUUAUCAUCACUAUGGUGUUUGAGGUGUUUCUAAUGAACGCUGUAAACACACAUGUUCAUUUGUAAAAUUUAGUUUGGAGCCCACAUUAAAAUCCGGAGCAGAAGGAAUCUUUAGAACUAAAUUGCUUCAUUAGGAUAUCCAGUUUGUAUUUUAAAGAAAAUUGACUGUACUUGAAACUACAACUUAACUGUUUCUUCUUUUUAAAAGACUCCCCCAUUUUAUUUGUGUUUUAAAUUUCAGAAACAUCUCAUGGUUUGAAUCACCUUUAGACAUAGUAUUACCUAAAAUCUCAGGGCGCCUUCCGUCUGUUUGUACACGGAUACCGUCAGUUGAUAGCAAACAAGCAAUUAGGUCUAGCUGGAUAUUUAAAAGUGUUUGUUGCAUAGUAAUGUGUCAUCAUAUUAUUUGACUUAAUUCACAUCAACAUGGUAUUUGAUUUCAUUAAUCAUAAAAACUUGCCCAGUUCUGUAAUUACUGAAUAGAAGGAGUGACUCAACCAAUUGGCCGCAUGGUUUGGCGGAUUUAAGCCUUGGAGUUAAAGCACCGGCUUAAACACUUUCUGUUCUUGGUUCCAUGGUUACACGUGAUGGAGCCAGUGUUUCGUUUUGGUUUGUGGGUUUUUUUUGUUUUUUUGUUUUUUUUUUAAUGUAAGAGAGCUUAGGAAAAGUAAUUCUGAGAUAGAAUUUUCUUAAGAGAUAAUUAGCAUUAUAAAACUUUCUUCUGAAAGUGAGGUCAUGACCGCAGCUGUAGUGAUGGCUUUGAGAAGGUGAUCUAUGGCAACCGGUUUCCACACUGGCAGAGCCAAACAAUUUUUCUUUAAGUCAGACAAACUUAAGCUCUAAUUGGUCUGCUGUCUGUUUAAAUCUUCGCAGUGGAGUUGUCUUGGGCUCCCUGCCUUGUUAUCAGUCUUAAGUAUAUAAAAGAAACACUUGUAAAGAUGUAUAAGAGUAAGAAAACUAAUGACUAAAAAAUGCAAUUCAGAGCAAUUAGGUUUCAAUUCAAUAUUGAGUUGCUUACUUCCGUGGCUUUUUUUUUUUUCCUGGUAACAUUUAUUUAUUUAAGCGACGUAGUAUGUUAUGUCUCCAUAUCUAUAGAGAUUUAUUGUGUAAGUGUUUGUGUAAGCUGGAAUCAUCCUGAAUUUUCUGUUGCUAAUUUUUCCAGUGAAUUUCAUGGAUAACUGUAAAAUACACUAACUCUUAGGUUGUUAUAGCUGAAACGUGGAGAUGUAUGUGUGGCUGCCAUGUUUUUUCUGAACGGACAGGAGAAACACCAGCUGCCGAGUAUUCACCUCUUGGGAGGCUGGCGAAGUCGGCUUCUCCUCGGAACCCUCUUUCUUGUUAACGGGUAUCUUCUGUUGGUGUAUUUUGUUCUUACAUUACAGAUAGAAAAUCGUGUGUGAGUUUAUGGAUAAUUACUUUCAGUUAUUUUGCUUUUGUAUAAGCCAUCUGAGAGCUUGCUAUGCUGUAAGAGUUGUGUUUGAUGGAGCAGUGAGUACGAGUUAAAGCAGAUCACUUUCUUUUGUAUUAUCUAUGGAUGCCACUAUGAACGCUGACAUUAAGCCACUAAAGAGUUUUCUAUGAAUAAGUGUAAGUAAAUGCUUUGAUAUAUAUAAACCUAAAUAAAAAGAUUGUAUUGAGACAGAGACAUUGGCAAAGGAAGUUUAAGGCAGUUCUUUAGGUUUAAAAAGGCUUGCUGUAAAAUGGUGCGUUAUUCCAUUUAUUAAAGAUCAUAUUAAUGACA